AUGGUUUGGUUUCUCUUUUACCCGUUUGCUGUACAAGCCUCAAAAGUCGUUUUUGCCUCUACCGUUCUUAUAAAUCUAUAUCUCAUCUACUUAACAAUUGCCAAAACCAAACGAAUAGCUGGAUCCUACAAGUACAUGAUCAUCAUGUUCUCGACAAUUGGAAUCGUGUUUUGUUUCAUGAAAGCUAGUCUUCAUCCGUAUCUUCACUCGCACAAUUCCGGUCUCAUGUUCUUUAGUUUGGGCCCAGAUUGGGAGAAUUUUAAGCAAGUGGAAACUGGGCUUAUGGUAUACACUGGUGUCUACUCAGCGAUGAUCUCUUUGCUGGCAAUUCAGUUUGUGUUUAGAUAUUGGACAUUGUUCAACGACGAAAAACUGAAAUAUUUCAAUACAUGGAGGUGUGUCGUAUGGUUCUUAUACGUCUUUUUGAUUGGAAUGGGUUGGAGCUUCAUGAUCUAUUUUUGUGCUCCGUCGGACCGCUAUUCGAGAAAUUACAUGCGAGAAAGUUUAUUCGACACGUAUCAAAUGGAUGUGGAGAAAACAGUCGGUUUCUUUGUGGUUGUAAGGAGAGAAGACAACUCUAUUCGAUGGCAUAACGUUGCUUUUAUUGGAGGGUUAAUUUUCGACUUAAUAAUUCAAUACAUCAUCGUCAUCUACUGCGGCACCACAAUGAACUCAAAAAUGCAGGAGAAACUCGCCAGCUUUUCAGUUGCUAAUCGAAAACUUCAGGAGCAACUUUUCAAGACCCUAAUCCUCCAAAUCACCAUUCCCUCAAUUAUCUUCCACCUCCCAUUUGUACCAGUCCUCUGUGCACCUUUAUUCAACUUGGAAUUCGACUUCGAGUCAGGAAUGAUCUACUGUCUUUUUAGUCUUUAUCCAUCAAUUGACAGUAUUAUAUUGAUGUCAGUCGUUCAGGAUUAUCGACAAGAAAUCAAGAAAUUUCAGAGCAUUCCAAGUGCAAUUUCUGAAAGUGUGCUCAAACGAUUUACGCAGACGCCGGUUGUGCUCUUUUGA